CUGCUUUCCCGGAGGAGACGGGGACCGCAGCUGGCGGCGCGCUGUCAGUAUGCAGCGGUUGCUCCUUCCGCCCCUGAAAGCCUUCGUGGGGAGCCGCAGUGUCGGGCUCCUCGUCCCUGGGCCUGCGUCCAGAGCACAGGCUGACGGAAUCUGGCCUCUCAAUGGUAGACUGGCAUUUAAUAAAGGAGAUGAAGCCACCCACAAGCCAAGAAGAAUGGGAAGCAGAAUUCCAAAAAUACCAGCAAUUUCCAGAAUUUAAAAUCCUGAAUCAUGACAUGACACUGGCGGAAUUCAAGUUUAUCUGGUACAUGGAAUACUCGCACCGAAUGUGGGGUCGAGCUGUAGGCCUUGCGUACAUCCUGCCUGCUGCCUAUUUUUGGAGAAAGGGUUGGCUCAGCCGUGGCAUGAAAGGACGAGUUCUUGCCCUAUGUGGCUUAGUUUGUUUCCAGGGUCUCUUGGGUUGGUAUAUGGUGAAAAGUGGAUUAGAAGAAAAGCCAGAGUCCUACGAUAUCCCUCGGGUCAGUCAGUACCGCCUCGCAGCCCACCUGGGGUCAGCACUUGUUCUGUAUUGUGCCAGCCUGUGGACCUCACUCUCACUGCUACUUCCUCAGCACAAGUUACCUGAAACCCAACAGCUCCUGUGGCUGAGGCGCUUUGCUGGUGGCACAGCAGGCCUGGUCUUCCUUACGGCUCUCUCAGGGGCUUUCGUGGCAGGACUGGAUGCGGGCCUUGUUUACAACUCCUUCCCUAAAAUGGGAGACUCUUGGAUCCCAGAGGACCUCCUUACCUUCUCCCCCAUCCUGAAGAAUGUUUUCGAGAAUCCCACCAUGGUGCAGUUUGAUCACCGGCUUCUGGGAAUCACGUCUGUCACUGCCAUUACGGCGCUCUAUUUCCUGUCCCGGAGAGUCCCCCUUCCUCGAAGGACCAAGAUGGCAGCAGUGACUCUGCUCGCUUUGGCAUACACACAGGUGGCCUUGGGUAUUAGCACCCUGCUCAUGUAUGUUCCAACUCCCCUGGCUGCCACACACCAAUCAGGCUCCUUGGCUCUGCUCAGUGGUGCCCUUUGGCUCAUGAAUGAACUCAGAAGAGUUCCAAAAUAAUUCUGAAGAGCACUUCCUAGGACUGAAACUGCCUUGGGAAUUCAUCAGCAAGCACAAGAACUUCGGAGGGUGGCCUUUGCAUGUCACAUGGUUUCCAAAUUGGUGGAGUCUCUCAAGACUAUUUUGAGAUGGGCACUGGAUCAAGAAUGUCACUAAG